AUCUGUUAAUGGAUCAUGACUCAAGGUCAUCUCUUGGGUUUAAAACUGGCAUUUAGUGGUUGGAGUAAGACAUCCUAGCUACAGAGGUCGGAAGGAUGAGCUGGUGGAAGAUAUUAUUGGGUGUCCUUGGCGGAGCAGUUAUACUGGCCGCUGGGCUACUUAUUGGUCACUUUGGGAUAACCAAGACUAAGAUGAUCAAUCCGGAGUGGGCGGAGGAGCUUGCUCAAGAUGUCGAUGAAGCUUUUAUUCAGGAGUUCAUGAAGGAAGUGGAUAAUAAGAGAAUUGAAGAGACUCUGAAGGAACUCAGUAAGAAGCCGCACAUGGCCACAACUAGUGGAGACGAGAGAUUAGUGAACCUGAUUCUUGGCCUUUGGAAAGACAAAGAAUUUGGCCUGGAUGAUGCAAAGGAGGAACGAUAUGAUGUCUAUCUCUCCUUCCCAGAUAAGGCCAGGCCAAACAAUGUUAAAGUGUUAACAGCCAAUGGUGACAACCCAUUUACUGCUCGCCUGCAAGAAGAGGGUCUGACGCUCGAUCAAAAUGAUCCUGAUGUAGUUCAGCCGUAUGCUGCUUAUGCUCCAAGUGGUAACCCUCAGGGGAGGCUGGUUUAUGCCAAUCAAGGCAAACUGAGUGAUUUCCAGUAUCUGGCUGAUAAUUCAAUAACACUGAAUGGCACCAUUGCAAUUGUGCGUUAUGGAGGAGCUGGCAGGUCUGCUAAGGCAAUUAAUGCUGCCAGGUUUGGGGUUGUUGGUAUUAUUGUGUAUACAGACCCCAAAGACAUCAAUGAUGGGCAAGCUCAGCAAAGCCAAACAUACCCCAACUCUUGGUACAUGCCCCAAUCAGGGGUUGAACGAGGUGCUUACAGUGAAGACUUUGGAGACCCACUGACUCCAUAUUACCCGGCUAAAGAGUACACUUAUCGCAUCAAGAAGUCUGAAAUAAGAGGUAUUCCGCCAAUCCCUGCACAGCCAAUAGGAUUUGAGGACGCCAAGACUUUAAUUUGUCAGUUGGCAGGUCCAGUGGCUCCUGCAUCCUGGAUUGGCUCCCUUGACUGUCCCUACAGGUUAGGACCUGGCUUUAUACCCGGUGCCUUUAGCAACAGUGAUGUUCAGGUGAAUGUGUAUAACUCUGAAGAAAUUAAGUCUUCAGCGAAUGUGAUGGGAAUUAUCAGAGGGAGCGUAGAACCAGACAGAUAUGUCAUGUACGGUAAUCACAGGGACAGCUGGGUGCAUGGAGCCAUAGAUCCCAGUAGUGGAACUGCCGUGAUGUUGGAAAUGACCAGAAUUCUUGGCACCAAAGUCAAACAAGGUAAAUGGCGUCCACGGAGAUCGAUCAUUUUUGGAAGCUGGGGAGCUGAAGAAUUUGGUCUCAUUGGCUCAACAGAAUUUGCAGAGGACUAUUACAGCAAGCUAAGAGACAGAACUGCAGCCUAUAUCAAUGUGGAUAUUUCUGUCUUUGCCAAUGCCACAUUGAGGGCCCAGGGGACACCUCCUGUUCAAGAUGUCAUUUUCACAGCAGCAAAACAGGUGCAGACACCAUCCAGUUCCCCUCUCAGCGUCUAUGACAACUGGAUUCGUCAUGCAAAUCGGUUCAGUACUCUGUACCAGAAAACUGUACCUCAGCUGGGAACCCUGGGAGCUGGCAGUGAUUACGCCCCUUUCCUGAACUACCUGGGCAUCACCUGCAUGGAUAUUUCUUACACAUAUGACAGGAACAAAACAUCAGCAAGAAUAUAUCCUGCUUAUCACACAGCAUUUGAUUGCCAGGCCUGAAAAUAUGUGUAAGUGUCUGGCUGUAUACCAUAUAAUGCAGACUUAGGGUUUACAAGUCAUCAGAUGGUCACCCGAACAGCUGGAAACAUAUUACUACGCCUCUCCGACAGCCUUAUCCUGCCACUUGGUCCACUGGAUUACUGGGAAACACUAGAUUCCUAUUACAAUACUGCAGAAAGUAACUUUGGAAACACCCUCUCUUCGAAAGAUAUCUCUUUAGCACCAUUAAAGGCAGCCAUAGAACGAUACAAAAAGGCUUCUGAGGCUUUACAUAAGACAAUUAAUGAACUGAAACAUGAUAAUGAAAGGCCACUGAGAGUGAGAAUGAUCAAUGACCAAAUAAUGCUUCUAGAACGCGCCUUUAUUAAUCAUUAUGCCUUUCCAGAAAAACGAUAUUACAGUCAUGUAUUAUGGGCCUCUCGGAGUUCCAGUGUGGUCACAUUUCCUGGCCUUGCAGACGCCUAUGAAAAGGCAUCGGCCUCCAACCUGAAUGAAGACUGGGAUCUUGUGCACCACCACCUUACCAUCGCUGUCUAUGCAGUGACAAAUGCCGCAUCGACCCUUGAGACAGCUGCCUCCAUUUAAAUAUAGCCAUGCCAGAGAAAUUAUGUAUAUAUUACCUUGACCUGUAGUACCUUAUGGCUCCAUGAAUUUCAUUUUGUAAAUUAUUGUUAUGAAGCACUUACUGUGUAUAGUUUGUGACUGUGCAGUGAGUGCUGAGCAUCACAUCAGCCAACAAGUCACAGCCAUACAUUCAGUUUGUUAACUAUUAGUAAAAAGAGGUUACCUUCCACCGGGUGCUCUGUGGCAGAAUUACAAAGGGAAAUUCCUACCAGGCCUGGACUGGCAAUUUGUGAAUUCUAGCUGAGGGGUGACGGUAAGAUGCCAUAGAUAGUCACUAUCUGUUGGGUUGCUGAAGUACUAUUUGGGUCUCCGUGUACUUGAAAUGCCAGGGCCUAUUUAGAAUCCCAGUCUGGACCUGAUCCCUACCACUAACAGAGAUAGACGGUACAUCACGCACACAGCGCUUAAGGUGGCUACUCCCAAGAAAUAAGAUAUAAUAGGCUCAUCAAAUAGUUCCAAAAAGUUCUGUUUAUUCUUAUGCAAUGGAGCACAGUCCACUACAGGGGAACUUUUUGUGUCUUUACAAACUAUUGGGAGAGACAAUUUGAUACAUUAUGCUACUGCCUAACCUGUAAAGAAAAAUAAAAGGACUGGUUGGAAGUGGCUGCCUUUUGUAAGUAAACAAAAAACAGCAGUACAACAUCUUGUUUAACUUGAGUGCAUUGAAUAGGGGUUGGUCCAAACAUACAUUUUGCCUAUUGUCUUUAUAAUGAAAAAUCUAAGGUUUUUCUUAUUUAUUGAGAUAAACAGGGUAAAUAGGGAAACUCAAGUUACUCCAUGUUUGGUCCUUGCAAGGUUCUGAUUUGCACCUGAAAGAAUGUGUUAUAGGUAGGCUACAAACUCUUAUUGCCAAUAGUUGCAUUAAAUUGUGGAUAUGGGGAUGGACAGAUCUUCAUAAGCACCACCAGUUCAGACCAAUAAACUAAACAGGGCAAACAGGGAAAUUCUAGCUACUCCAUGAUUGGUCCUUGCCUGGCCUGUUUAGGUUUAAACAAAACUGUGUUAUACAAGACUGGCCCUGCCUAUACAGCUCAAAGUGUCCUUCAAGUGGAGUACGUGUCUUGUAGAGAUUAUAACUUUUUGGGUACAUUAUUUGCAUCUUUUUAUGAAUGUUUACUACUAAGUUAAGUUUUAAUUUUAUUCCCUUGUCUAAAGAUGUUUGGGAAGGUGCAUGUUUUUCUAUGGGACUCUUUUUGUGACCACAUCUCUUUUUGUGGUUGGAGGGACUACCUAUUUGUUGAAUCCAACCCCUAUUUAAACACCAACUUAAGUUCCUAUAUAAUAUAUAAAAAAUUAUGAGUGUGGAAUACUCUUCUUUAUAAACUGUAAAACCAUAUUUUAAUGGUUUAAUGCUUGUUGAUCAUGUAUAAUUAGACCAAAAGAAUAUUUACUAAUGUUAAUUGUAUUAAUUCAAUAAAUAUAUCACAUAUUUGUUAUUUCCUUUUCUUGCCCUACCUUAGUUAUCAUUUAUAAUAUAUUAUCAGCAAUAGGAACCCAGUUUAUAAAACCUCAUCUCUAACAAUCAAAAUGGGCCCUCUAUACACUUAAUAUUAGGUAAAUAAAUGACAAUGUUAUUCUGUGCAACAAUGUUAUCAUACUAAUGGUACUGUAUAACGUAUAAGCAUGAUAUUAAACGUGUGCUGCUGUCAUAUUGUA